AGACCUGGGGAUUUUGAAUUCCUGGACUGUCGCAUUUACUCCUGCGUGCGCAUUCCGCUACUACUGUAGCUUUUGUGGAUACGUGUUUCGUCCAAUCUAGAGUGUACAUUGAAAGAUUCAAAAUGGCAGCUCCUACACAGCUUGCUUGCCGUACGGUCAAGGGCAUUAGCAUCUUGGAUGCUGCCCCGGUUUAUGAGCCUUUGUCGGGGUUUGAAAGACCCGAGGGAAACCUUCGCUGUAGCGCUUAUUCUCCUUGCGGCCGGUAUUUCGCCUGGGCCUCUCCGGACAAGGUUACCAUCAUCGAUCCCUCUGUCGGACAUAUCGUUUCGACCAUCGACGCGGACAACGUUUUCGAGCUGGGAUUCUCGCCCCUCGGGACUUACUUGAUCACCUGGCAGCGCCCCACCAAGGAUGCCAACGGCGAUGCUGUCCGGAACCUGAAGGUCUGGAAGGUUGUGCCGUCGUCGCCCGAGAGCAACGGAGACGCGAAUGUGGUUGUGGGCAGCUUCGUCCAGAAGUCGCAGACGGGCUGGAACCUGCAGUACACCUCCGACGAGGUCUACUGUGCGCGGGUGGUCACCAAUGAAGUCCAGUUCUACCAGAGUGAGAACCUCUCUCAGGUCUGGAACAAGCUGCGUGUGGAGGGAGUUGCGGACUUUGCCCUCGCGCCUGGCAAGAACCACUCGGUGGCCGUUUUUAUUCCCGAGCGCAAGGGACAACCCGCUGCCGUCAAGGUCUUCCUGGUGCCUCAGUUUGGAUCCUCCGUCUCCCAGAAGACCUUCUUCAAGGGCGACAAGGUGCAGCUGAAGUGGAACGACCAGGGAACGACCCUGAUCGUGCUCGCGCAGACCGAUGUGGAUCGGUCCGGCAAGAGUUACUACGGCGAGACCACCCUUUACCUGCUUAGCGCCGGUGGUGGCUUUGACUCCCGAGUGGACCUGGACAAGGAGGGCCCGAUUCACGAUGUGACCUGGUCUCCCAACUCCAAGGAGUUCGGUGUCGUGUACGGUUACAUGCCGGCUAAGACCACCAUCUUCAACUUCCGCGGUGUACCCAAGCACACUUUCCCUCUGGCCCCCCGCAACACUAUCAUCUUCUCCCCCCACGGGCGGUUUGUGCUGGUGGCUGGUUUCGGUAACCUGGCUGGUCAGAUGGAUCUCUACGACAUGGACAAGAACUUCCACAAGAUCGCCACCGUCGAGGCGUCCAACGCCAGUCUCUGCAACUGGUCCCCUGACGGCCAGUACAUCCUGACGGCCACCACCAGCCCUCGCCUGCGCGUCGACAACGGCAUCCGUCUCUGGCACGUGAGCGGUGCGUUGAUGUACAACGAGGAAAUGACCGAGCUCUACGAUGUGGCCUGGCGCCCUCAGUCGCUCAUCCAGCACCCCCUGGGUGACCCGUUCCAGGUGCUCCCGACUCCCCACCCGUCUGCGGUGGCGUACCUCAGCACGAAGAAGGCUCCAGUGAAGCCCGCCGGUGCGUACCGUCCCCCGGGUGCCCGUGGCCAGCUCACCCCCCUGGCGUUCAAGCGCGAGGACCAGGGUGGUGCGGCCUACGUCCGCGAUGGCGCGACUGGCGGUGCCUCCAUGAAUGGAUUCGGCAGACCGCGCAGACGUGAGAUCCCCGGCGCCGAACCCGCCGAGGAGUAUCUUCCUCCGGGAGCCGCUCCUGGAGGAGGCGUUGCUCUGCCCCCCGGCGCCGACAACCCGGAGAAGCUGUCCAAGUCGGCUGCCCGCAACAAGAAGAAGCGUGAGGCCAAGAAGCAGAAGGACGGUGAGGACGGCGAGCCGACCCACAGCCCCGACCGCCGCGGCGAGAAGAGCCACGAGCGCAAGAACGAGCGCAAGAACGGCGGCCACGCCAAUGGUGCCCCAGCCCCUAAGGCCAACAACAACGCUGCCGCCGCCGCCGCCGCCGCUGCUGCUGCCGCCGCUGCCGCUGAAGCCGAUGCCAAUGGAGCGCCCACCGCACAGGAAAAGAAGAUCCGCGGCCUUCUGAAGAAGAUCCGGGCGAUCGACGAGCUGAAAAUGCGCCUUGCCGGUGGCGAGAAGCUGGAGGACACGCAGAUGAAGAAGAUCCAGACCGAAGAGGCGGUGCGUAAGGACUUGGACGCCCUGGGCUUCAGUGGAUAGACAUAUCCCCCUUCCUUCCUCUUUUCUUCUUCCCUUUCUUCUUCUAUUUAUCUAUCUACUCCGUUGGUCAUGGAUACAACAUCAACCACCACCACCAUUACAGAAUUGAAACUAUCAUAACUUCCGUUUGGAAAUAUGCUCUCUUCAUUGGCAGUCGUGACUCUGUCUUCUUCUUCUUCUUCUUCUUCUUCUUUUCAUUCUCGUAUUGCUUCUGCCCGUCUCCCUCUGCCUGUACAUAUACUUCCCUUGUCUUGCUUGUUCUGGUCU